AUGCCUAAUUCAAGUGGUACUUUCGACAAUAGACGACUUUGCAGAUCCUCGUUGUCAACUAAUCAUUGCUCUUUUGUUGCAGACAGUUUGAUGUCACCGCGGCUUGUGCAGCGGAAGUUCCCAGCUGGAGCCGAUCGCACACCGUUCACUGUCACACACGUACCGUGCGCGAGUGCCUGUAAUGGCAACGUGGUAUGGGUCCCAAGGGCUACCAUCACUUCCCCGAAUCUCAGCAACUCAAACAGUCUUACGCGAAUAGACAAGACAGGAAUAAGGAGUGAGCCAGAACAUUUGCACCAUCAGCCGAGGUAUCACAAUGAGCAAGAACGGAAACGACAGUACCGGAUAGCGCUCAACUUCUUCAACAAAAAACCCGAACGAGGUGUACAAUUGUUGACUGCUUGGCGGUUUGUCGACGACUCAGCGGAGUCGUUGGCGAAUCUACUGUUUGGCAGGCGCGGUCUCAGCAAGCAAAUGAUCGGCGAAUACAUUGCGACAUUGCACUCGACAUUCCAUUCAUGCGUAUUGAAAUAUUUUAUUGGGCAAAUAGACGUACGCGGAAUGGAAGUUGACGUGGCGCUUAGGAAAGCAAUGCAAUACUUCUUUCUGCCGAAAGAAGCUGAAAAGAUCGAUAAAAUCAUCCAAGAAUUCGCUCAGCACUAUGCCAAGUGCAAUCCGAAGCGAACGAAGCAGUUCAGAGGAGGAUGGGAUACGAUUCAUAUGAUAGCCUUUGCGGUCAUUAUGUUGAAUACCGACUUACACUCGCCCAAUCUCAAGGCAUCCCAACGCAUGCAAAUGGACCAGUUUGUGCACAACCUUCGUGGUCAGGACAAAAUGCGUGGCGAGAAAGAGGGCAUUGAUAUUGAUCGAUCCUGUUUGCAAGGAAUUUAUGAACGUAUACGUGCCGAGGAAAUCCGACCAGGAGAUGAUCACGUUGCACAAGUGGCACGUGUUGAUGCUGCAAUCAUCGCCCGUGAAAAACCCCGAUUAACUGAGACUCAGCGACGUCUGGUGUGCUACUGUCGGCUACAACAGGUGAUGGAUCCCUCACGAAAGCAGUCCAUAGGAUCUCACGAACGAGACGUAUUUUUGUUCAACGAUAUGUUGGUGGUUGCCAAAGCCAUCAACAAGCGUCGAACAUCUGCUCAUACGUCGUAUACUCUGAAACAUUGGAUGCCGUUGUUAGGAGCAUCUGUACUCGAGUUCAAGGUUGCCAAAGCCAUCAACAAGCGUCGAACAUCUGCUCAUACGUCGUAUACUCUGAAACAUUGGAUGCCGUUGUUAGGAGCAUCUGUACUCGAGUUCAAGCGAUUAACUGAGACUCAGCGACGUCUGGUGUGCUACUGUCGGCUACAACAGGUGAUGGAUCCCUCACGAAAGCAGUCCAUAGGAUCUCACGAACGAGACGUAUUUUUGUUCAACGAUAUGUUGGUGGUUGCCAAAGCCAUCAACAAGCGUCGAACAUCUGCUCAUACGUCGUAUACUCUGAAACAUUGGAUGCCGUUGUUAGGAGCAUCUGUACUCGAGUUCAAGAGAGGUCCUUAUGAGUACGGCUUAUCAAUCACUCCACCUGCACCCGAUAAUCAGACUAUUUAUUUCAAUGCGAGGAAUUACGAUGAUAGGUGUCGUUUUGUCGCUGAUGUGCUCGAAUCGAUUCGGGAAUCUUGCCAGAUGGAAGAAGUUCGGCUUGAGUUGGAGAUGGAGAAGCACACACUGCGUACCGAUAAUCAGCGAGACAGCGGUCUGCCGGAGAUUGACGGACCGGACUGUCUGCUGUCCCGACCGGUGAACGCGAUCCUCGGCGGCGCCAGCUUGGUGCCGACAUUUCGUCGCCUCUCGUUCAAUAGCCUCGAUUCCGGAGUAGUGGAGGAGACUUGUGAGAGCAACGCGUGA